CAGCCUUGGGUAAAGUGUACAUUGGUUUUAUUAGCCUAUAAUAAAUACCAACUAAACCAUUGGUGAUUAAAUUUGAUGUCCUGUCGGCUGGUAAAUUUCUGACCACAUUUGGUGACCUAGUCCCAUGGCAAGAAAUAAAGUUAACGCCAUGAUCGGCUUUAAAAAGGGGGCAGAAUGGAUAAAAUGUCAGUAAAUGUGGUCGAACUGGCAUGUCUCUUUUCUCUCUUCAGCGCCGAGCCCCGCCCCGUCUUGAGCCAUUGAAAUCAGGCGGUUGCGUAAUUUGACAUGUCAAACGUGAAACAAGGAGCGAACACUUGACAGCUACAUUGGCGUGUUAUUUACCGCAGUAAGGCUUGUUAAAUUAAUAUCACACAUUCUAUCGUCUGACUGGCGUUCAUGGCCACUGUUUUGUUACCAAACAGUGCGGGUAUCGUUCCGGGGCAAGUGGAGUCGUUUUAUACACCUUUCAAAGCUGCACCGUCGGGGGGAUUGCAAGAAGAUUGCGGGUUCGUUUCUAAUAUAGGAAGGAAUAUUUUUAAUGGCACCCCGACAAUCGACCACAUUCUGAUUAAAUCAGAGAUGGAGAAGUACAUGGAGCCGCCUCCGCACGGAAUACUCGAGGACAAGAAGUUUCCAAAAGACGGUCCCGCCACCACCGCCACCACCACCACAAUGCUCGAGCAGUCCAGCCAGGGCCACAGUUCCCCGUACGGCCUCAACGCCAGCGUCUUCCUCCCAGACGUCACCUACCUGCGGACGGGCCUGUGUAGGCCCGUGACACCAGCCAUGGCCCAGGUCAAAUCGGAGCCCGUGGAGUCAGUCUUUUAUCCCAGCUGCCCUGGUUCUCUGGCCCCAGCCGCACAUCCACAUCCACACCCCCACCACCCUCACCCUCAUCCGCACUCUCACCCCCACCAUCCCCACCACCAUCACCACCACCCCCACCACCACGCCGACUACACCAGCCUCUUCAGCCCUGCAUCAGACACCGGCGGCGGCAAUGUUUUCAUCAAACAGGAGCCCAUGGCCCCGUCUCUUGACUUCCACGACAUCCCCCUUUUCCAGCUCUUGAACUCGGAACUAGACACGUUUGUGCCCGCCGGUGCGCUGUGUGCCGACCCGCACGGCAGCCUGUCCUCCGCGGUGCCCUCUUUCGGCAGUCUCAGCCUGGCGGACCAGGCCCUGGUCAGCGGCAGUAAGGCCCUGGGUGGUGGUGCUGUCGCUGGGAGUGCCAUGGCUGGUGCCAGGGGAUACUCGCCGUCCGCAGCUGGCCAGUACACCCAGCUCCAGCACAAGCCACCAGGCUACCUGCCCCCGUCGCCCCCGAGUUCAGAACCGGGCAGCCCGGACCGCAGCAAGGACCUGCUGCAGAACCUGUCGCCGCCCCCGUCCUACGCGGCCAGCAUGGCGUCCAAGUUCGCAGUGCAGACCUCCACCAGUGCCAGCGGCGGCGCCGGCAGCGGCGGGCCCAUUUCCUCCUCGUCUGUGCCCACGCCCACACCCGCGCCCCCAGCCUCCGCACCUGGCCUUGUAGCGCCCGGCCCCGGCGUCAGGUACAACCGCAGGAACAACCCCGACCUUGACAAGCGGCGGAUACAUCACUGUGACAUACCAGGUUGUAAGAAAGUCUACACCAAGUCGUCGCAUUUGAAAGCCCAUCUGAGGACGCACACGGGAGAGAAGCCGUACAAGUGUUCGUGGGAGGGCUGCGACUGGCGCUUUGCCCGCUCUGACGAGCUGACGCGCCACUUCAGGAAGCACACGGGGGCCAAGCCCUUCCAGUGCUCUGUCUGCAGCCGAAGUUUCUCCCGCUCCGACCACCUGGCCCUCCACAUGAAGAGACAUCAGAACUAGCGGCGCCGCCGCUAGCGUUGGCGUUGCCGCCACUGCACGACAUGGCGUUGCUAAUGCCACCGAGGCUAAAGCCGACAGCCAACGCCCCCCUCUUCUCACUUUUAAUUAGUCCACAGGUGGACAGGGUGGGAAUUGGGCGUAACACAGUUCCACAACCAUGCGGGCCCUCAGCAGAAGCUUGUUUUUUUUCUCUCUUUAUUUUUUAAUUUUAUUUAAUUUUUUAAUUUCUUCCUUUUUGUUUGUUUGUUUUUCACAAAAAAGGAACCGCUGCCACCUUCUGGAUGGAAAUGAAAACACAAGGGGAUCGUGUGUGGCAAGAACAUUGAGUGGGUGGGGGGUAGGGUGUGGUGAGGUGAAGGCAAAGGCAAGGCGAGGUGUUGUGACUGUGAGGGGACAAAUUGUUGACAGUGCUGGCUGUUAUCUUGGCUGAGCUUCCAUCCCAGGUGGACCUGGUCUGGCCAAGUGGUCCUUAGGGGACUGCCAGCACUCAUCCUGGGGUUCCCUGUUGUGGAUUGUUGCUUACACUGGGAUAUUCACUCUUCAUCAGGAACCAUAUGGUUGCCAUGAUUUUCUGCCAUGCGUGGGUUUUUUUUGUGUUAAAUCUCCAUUACAACCUGCCAUUGCUCCCCCUCUCUCUGUCUCUCUCUCUCUCUUUCUCUCUCUUUGUCUGUCUGUUUCUGUCUCUUUCUCUCUCUGUGUGUCUCUUUGUUUCUCUCACUCUCUCUCUCUCUCUCUCUCUC